GAGCAUGAAGGCGCAGUGCAGUCGGUACUUCGGGGCAGCGGACACAGACAUGAAUGGCAGUGGGGCCAUUGGCCAGGUAUGCUCCUCACGGCUGAGCGGGUAGACUUCAGACAACCUGCUGGGUAGGGGACAGAGGGCGAGAGUAUGCUGCAGCUCGCGGCGGAGGCUUUCCAGUCGAAAAACUUCGACCUGGCGGCGGAUAUCUACGAGUGCCAGCUAGCGGGUCUCGGGGAUCCAGAGAGCCGACAGGAGCUGAUGGUGAAGCGGGCGGACGCGCUCGCAUUCGGCGGCAAAUUCGCCGAAGCUUUCGACGUGUACCGGCAAGCCUCGGAGGUAGGGAGACUGAGACCCGUUCACCUGGCCAACCUCAUCGAGUACCUGUCGGGUAGUAUCAGGAGGCAGGACGGGGCUGACAGCCAGGGCAGCAGCCCGAGGACAGGAGGAGAGACAGAGGGGGGAGCGGCGGCGGCGGCUGCGGGACACGGUGUUGAUGCUGCGGGUCGCGGGUACGCAGACUUCUCCUGCCGGAUAUGCCUCAGCUUUCUGUUCGAGCCCGUGACUCUGCCGUGCGGACACUGCUUCUGUAAAAAGUGUCUGGAGCGCGAGCGCAAGGAGAAGGGGCGACCGGUCAUGUGCAAGGAGUGCAGGGCCAGCUCCAGAGUGGCUGACGUCCAGAGCUACAGGGUCAACGUGGUCCUCAGCAGCCUGCUGGCCAAGUGGUUCCCGAGCCUGCACCAGGCCGGCCGGCUGAGGCGGGAGGGCAACGGACUGUACGCCGAGAAGAGGAUGGAAGCUGCGCUGGAGAAAUACAACCAAGCCAUACUGAUAGCACCCAUGGACCAUAUACUGUUCAGCAAUCGCUCCCAGAUCCACUCCAGUCUGAAACACUAUGAAAAGGCUCUGAGAGACGCAGAGAUGGCCUGCAGACUCGAGCCCCACUGGUCCAAGGGUCAUGUUCGUAAGGCCCAGGCCCUGGUGUCGUUGGGCCGGACGGAGGAAGCUCUGAAAGAGUACCUGGUCUGUCUGUCCAUGGAGCGUGACUGCAGACUGGCCAAGACUGAGACUCACAAGCUCCUCAGUCAUCUCCUGGCUCCAGUCACAGAUCAGGUCCCUGAACACAUCUCAGACCACUCCAGCAUACUGUCUUCCAGAGCACACAUCAAAUACAGCAUCCGUGCUGCCUUUCAGACUUUAAAUCCCAGCUUGCUGUCAUCAGAAUCCAGUCUUGCCUCCACUCCUCCUGCAGCUGAGAGGUCAGAGGGCAGUGAGCUCAAAGGUCAGGGAAAGCCUGAGGCCGGGAGGCCGGACCACUGUUUCCUCCUCAAACGGAAACGAAGGAGCACAGAGGAGGAUGUGGAGGAGGGAGGACAAGAGAGGAGCGACGAUCGCAAGAGAUCCAGAUCCGAGCCAGCAGUGGUGUCCGAUUCAUUGAGCUCUGCGGUCGGUGAUGUCCUGGACCCGACAGAUCUGGAGUGUUCUCUUUGUAUGAGGCUGUUCUAUGAGCCAGUGACAACACCGUGUGGUCACACCUUCUGUCUUCAGUGUCUGGAGAGAUGUCUGGACCACAACCCAAAGUGUCCACUCUGUAAAGAAGAGCUGUCUGAGUACCUGGUCCAGAGGCAGUACUGUAAGACAGUGAUAAUGGAGAACCUGAUAUCUAAGUAUCUUCCUUCUGAGCUCACGGAAAGACAGAAAAUCCACCAGGAGGAGAUGGCGGAGCUCUCCAAUCUUAACAAGAAUGUGCCUAUAUUCGUGUGCACCAUGGCCUUCCCCACUGUGCCGUGUCCUCUCCAUAUCUUCGAGCCCUGCUACAGACUGAUGAUUCGCCGAUGCAUGGAGACAGGAACCAACUGCUUUGGCAUGUGUCUGGCAGACAACCUCAAGGGGUUUGUGAACUACGGUUGCCUGUUGGAGAUCCGUGACGUGAAGUUCUUCUCAGACGGGCGUUCAGUGGUGGACACCAUCGGCAGACGGAGAUUUAAAGUCAUUCAGCACAGGGAGAGGGAUGGAUACAAUACAGCUGAUAUAGAGUACCUGGAGGAUGUUAAGGUGGAGGGCGUAGCAGAGCGUGAGCUGCAGUCUCUGCACGAUGCUGUGUAUGACCAGGCCCUGGUGUGGGUCAACUCCCUGAAGGCUGAGCAGAAGGAACGCAUUGAGGGACACUUUGGACCCAUGCCUGAGAAAGACUUGGAACUCCAGGCCUGUCCUAACGGUCCAUCAUGGUGUUGGUGGCUGUUAGCCGUUCUUCCGUUAGAGGGCCGAGCCCAGCUGCCGUUCCUGGCCCUCACCUCUCUGAAAGAUCGCCUCAGCGGUAUUCGCAAGGUGCUGCUUUUCAUGGCCCACAGCAGGCAUCGGUGACACACUCUCCACAAGCAUUCACCCACCUGGGAAAUGCAGUAACCACCUUCCUUGCACACCCCUCGCCCCAAAGCAGCAGUUGACCUGUUGUUCCUCCUUUUGAUGCACAAAGAACUGACAUUAAAUAUUGUUGCACCCUUCCUGUUGUAACGCCGUCCGUUUCAGAAGGCAGCGCUUGAUUUCAUCUACACAUCAACAGCAAACAAAGUUAAUAUACAUCUGAAUAAAUAUAUAUCUUCCAAAACCAACCAUGCAGACCUGCAGACUUAAGCUACAGUCUGACAGGAGGGGAAGUGUCUACAUUUGGGUUUCAACAGAAUCACUAGCUUCCAUUUGAUGUCAUUGUAAUAGUGUUAAUGCAAACAAGCUAAGUAUAUGUUUUUGUCUAACAUCUCUAUGUGUGCAGCAACAAGCUGUUGUGCUGAAAUGUCUUCAUCUGUCCAUGCUCCACUGUUGCCUUUCUGGCCCUCCUCCAUUUUUGUAGUUCUCUGCUCUUCCUCUUGCAUUCAUGACAAGUGUGGAAUGACACCACCAAAAAGACAAAACAAAAAUGACAAAAAAAAGUGUGAGUAAUCUGAAUGCAUCCUUGCAUUCUCAAAUCGUAGAGUAAUUUCUCCUCCAAAAAAAACGAGCUCUCUGUCUGGACGUAGCUUUAAAGCAGAGAUGAAGCAAAUUCCCCAGUUCAGAAUCCUACCUAGUGCAAGUGGCAACUGCCAUUAAUUCAACCAAUCAGGGUCCCCAUCCUGUAUGUCUUUAAAUGUACAUGUAAAUUCUGCAAGAGACCAAACUAUGAAUUUACUUUCUUGUGUAAAUGCACUCACUACAGUUGAGGGUAUAAUGAUAAUAAUACCGAUUAGAUAUGAUUGAUUAGAUAUGAUUGAUUGCAGUGAUUGAAACUUUCAUCUGGGAAAAUUUACAGAUAAAUCUGUGUGUUUACUGUUUUACUUUAACAAUAAUUAUUCUGUCUUCCUCCUUUCCCUUUAUUCCUUACAUUUCUCUCUCUCAUCCAUGUGAAUAACAGCGGACUGAACCUUUACAUUGGUGUGCUUUAAGGCUCGUGUUCUUGUGUUUAAGUCAUCCAUUUUUAAAAGAUUUGUUGGAUUUUUAUUUUCCAUUAUUUAUUUUUAUCAUUAUUUAUGCAUGCAGUGACAUUGUUUACAUUUCACAGAGACAGAUGCUGAGGUACUCAGUUUGCGAAAGCUUUUUUUUUUUUUUAACUUAACAUCUGACCCCAAACAUCUGCAAUAAUUACCUACUAACUCUGGGGAAAAAGCCGAAAGGUUUAAAGAUCACUCACAAAAACACCAUUUGCACAAAAACACCAUUUGCACAAUCAAGAAAAACUGAAGAAUCUCUGGAAACUUGGGUUGAUGGCAGACCUCCUCCCUAUUUUUAGAUCACCGGAGACCCAAUUCUCUAUAGUAUUUAUAUUAGCCUGUCAUCAUCCGAGCUAUGGUGACUUAAACAUAUUUGGAUUCCCCCGCUGUCAGCAGCCUCUCUGUGGCUGAGAUAUUUGUAAAGCAUGCAGUGCAGCAAGAAGUCCUAACAAAGAUCUGGAUUUCUGAUACCAUUAUCUCCUAAGUGUAUUUAUUCAGUAUUUAUUCUGACUUAUUUUUGCACUUCCACUUUAAGUAAGGGAAAGAAACAGAGCAGUCAGGCUUCAGUAUAUUUAUUUCCUCCAUGGCAGGAGUCAGAAUGCUUAAGUAGUUGGAUUACCACAGAAUAAAGUUAAAUCUUCUGAUGGUUAAACUGGUCCCUAAGUGCACACCUAUUUGCAGCUCCUAAAGCAUGACUGCUAAACAUCGCCGUUCAUUUGAGUGUGACUGAUGCUAUGCUAUUAGUAAAGGAUAGUGCCUUUCUAUCCACAGAAAAACAUGGCGUGGAACUAUUUAAUGUGUAAAUGAUCUAAAUACCAGGUUCAUUUUAAGCUUCAUUUUACCCCUUAAAUGGAAACUUGGUCAUUCAAAACAUAAUUUUCAAAGAAAGGAAAUAACUAUGUAUGGAACGGAAACAAAGGAAACAUAUUUUUAAGAAUACCCACAAACAUAUUUUUAGAAAAAUAUGUUGUCUAAAAAAUAUUGAGGCCUUGAUGAUGUCUGUGACAUGACUGUUUUUACAUGGCAAAAGCUUCAUAUCCCUGAAAAAUGCAGGAGAUUAUUGAGCUUAGCCUUCAAAAUCUUUUAUUUUAUAUAGAUGUGUUAGAUUUUACAUGUUUCUAUGUCAAUCAGGUUCUUUGUAUUUUAUAAUUUCCUUCACUCUCUGGUGUACUUGUCUCUCCUCAUUUCAUGUGUAAUACUACAGGGAGUGUCAUGUCAAAUUGUCCACAUUUUUUAUUUUGUUUUGAAAGGGCCAAAGCCAUGCCAUGCUGAAAAAAAAAGAGGACUGAUAAAGUGUAAUACCACAAUCUUUUAAUAUUUUCCCAAAAUAAUUUGUUGAUAUUGAAUUCAUGCAUUAUUUGAGUUUUCCACCACCAUCAAAUGGUUGUAAUAUGACAUGAAAUCAAACAGCAAUACUGUAUCAAGUACUAUAUACAGUAUAUGGGAUUAUAUUUUAUUAUGUAAUGACCCAGGUCUUAAAUACUGUUGUUUAAAGAGGCAUUUGUACUAACAAACAAGUACUGGAAAAACCAAUAAUACAUACAAUAAUUACCCCAGUAAUGUCUGCUAUUAUCGUAAUUGAUUACCACUAAAAAUUUUAUGAUUAGUAAACUCAAACUAGGCAAAAAAGGGAAAAGCCAUCAAUCAAAUAUAAUCAAACCUCCACUAUACAAGCAUAUUACAUAGAUAUCUCGAAUUCAGAGGUAGAUAUAUUUCCCGUUGGUCAUGAAGAGGUAAAGGGAAAAUCCACCUAAAAUAAAAUCACAUAUGCUAUCCUUGUUAUUUUUUACAAUUUUUGAGCAUGAGUAAAAUCACAGAUGAGCCAGUGUUUUCUUUAUUUCCUCAUAUGAAAGAGUUGUGUAUAAAGUUGAAGCAUGUGAAUUACUUUAUAUUUGUGGCUGCAGUUUUAGUGCCUUAAGUUAGACUUCUUCUAUUUUACUUUGAUGUAUUUAAAAUGCAGUGGCAUCUAGGGUAAAUAUAGUGUGCGAUAACCUGGGGUUCUUUAAAUAACAUCCUAAGAUAAUAAUUAUAUUUGUUUGUCGCAUUCAUUUGAAACAGAUCCCACCCUAACUACUACUACUACUACUACUACUACUACUACUACUACUACUAAGUAAUCCAAAAUGUUAGUAUCACAUACCGCCAACAGCAGCAGCCGUCACUUUGAAUUCAUCUAUUGUAAAUGACAGUGUAUUAUUUUUUGCUUCCCAUGGUACCAUAAGAAAACAUUGUAAUUGUUCUUUGUGAACAAUGAAACUGCAAAAUUUAACAGCCACUGCUUCCGCUUAGAAGAGUUAGGUGUUGAAUACUUCACCCAUAACCCUAUAUGAUUAUCACUUUCAUUUCUGGCAAAAAAAUGGUUCAAAGUCAGUCAUUUAAAAAAGCAAAAGAUCUAAAAUAUCAUAACUUUCUACUCCUAAAAGCUCAUUUGACUUUAAUGAACAGUUUGACAUUUUGGGAAAUAAGCUUAGUUUCUUUUCUCAGCAAGAGUUAGAUGAGAUGAUCAAUACCACUUCAUGUCUGUAUGUUAAAUACAAAGCUAGUUGUUAGCCCAGCACAACAACUUGUUGCUAUUACAUUUUGGUUUAUGUAAGGAUUAACGAAAUGUGAUAUAACAUGGUACUUAAUGUGCUUUAAGCGUGCUGGUAGCCAUAUUCUCGAAAUAGCAGUUUACCCUGCUUCCAGUGUUUAUCCAAAACUACAUGAGCUAAUUGACUCAAGCUCCAAAGGACAGACAAGAGAGUGGUAACCAACAGCCGGUUAGCUUAGCUUAACACGUAACCCCCAAUAAAACCACGAUUUGUCAUUUUAGCAAUUUGUUUUUCAAUAGAUUUUUUGAGGUGCUGGUAAGUUAAUAUUUAGACAGAGCUAGGAUUCCUGUUUCCCCUUCUUCCAUUCUUUAUUCCAAAUUUAAGCUAACCUGCUGCUGGCUCCAGCUUCCUAUUUAGCAUGCAAACAUCAGAGUGGUAUCAAUCUUCUUAGGUAACUCUCGGCAAGUAAAUCUGUAAGUGUAUUUCCCAAAACUAUGCCAAACUAUGCUUUAAUUAGACUGACUGGAUGUAUGUGAUUUGUGUUAAUUAGGCAACACCACAGGUUAUAAGAUACAACCCAGUUGGAAUAUGAGUACAUUGGCAUUGGUCCUGGAGUGAGCUAUUGAAUCCUUAAAGGUCAGGAUGGGUCUAACCUGCUUUUACAGGUUGAUGGGAACAUUCUGAUAUCCUGUAGCACUCAAAACUCAUGUUAACUGCGAUCAUGCUAACAAACUGCCACUGACACGAAAAUGUCCUCCAACCUCCACACACACUUCCUGUAAGAUGUAGGUUUGUGCUCGGUAAUGGUUAAUAGUUUCAACACUUCCAGUUUGUUCAGUGACUGCAGCUAAUAACAGCAAUGCAGCUGUGGAAGAAGUUGGAUCUUUUUUUGAUGUUUUUUCAUCCAGCUAUGCAACAACAGUAGAGGAUUAGGCUCAGAAUUCCAUUAACCUUUUGAAGAAGCGUAACUACCUCUGGUACCCUCCUCGAGCACUUCCACAAAGAGAGACACAAUAACAAUGCUUCCAAAUUUCAUUCUUUUCCUGUUAUUGUAGUUUAGUCUGUGUUUAAAGUGAAACAUUCAGAGUCUAAGGAAAUAAAUCACCAGUGUCCCUUCAGUGCUCUGAAAUGUACAUUUUAAAAAAGUUGUGCCCAUGAUAAAAUGCACCAUAGUCAACACCUCACAUUUAUGAGAUGUCACCUUUCAACUAAAACUGCAAAGCUGUAAAUUCUUGAUUUCUUUGUGAUAUGUUUGUUGCUGAUCCCAAAUAUUUGAAUUAUUUGAAGGAGUGCUUGAUUUAUCUUCCCAGGCAAAUUGAAAAGCCCCCUAGAAUCAUAGUCAAUGACCUUUUUAGGCUUCUAUUUAAGUGAGUUGACUAAACCACAUCUGAUUUACAGCAUUGGUCUCUCGCCCUGGCUAAACCUUCUCUGACUUAACAUUCUUGCUUUUUUGACUAUUUAGCCUCUAAAAAUCUUCAUGUCUUAAAAAAGAAGCUUCACCAGGCGCUCCUCGCAAUUUCAAAUAUUUGCACUGACCUCAUUUACUACAUUGCCUGAUUCUUUCAAAGGUUGUUAAACUCCUGUAGAACUCCAUGGCCUCUAAAUGUGGCCGGGUGAAUUCGCACAAGAUGAAUGUAUGUAUGUCUUGACAUCUCCGAUGUUUUCUGUACACGUCUGUUUUUGAUAGUAAAACUUUAGUAUGCAUUACUUUUGCAAAAGUACAGUCUGAAGCUACAUCUUGUGAAUAAACCAAAAGGAUUGUGUUCUUGAUCCCGCAUGGGAUCUC